AUGUAUGAUGUGGAUGCAGAGAAACAACAGCUGACCGAUCGUCUUUCUGCGGCGGAAUCGAAUCUUCUCGGACAGGAGGAGGCGCUUCAUCGCGUCGAGCGUGAGAGAAACAAACUGACUGACCAGAUCAACCGACUGGAGCGCCAACUGACGAGUCAAGAGACCGCCAGAAUGGAACUUCAGGUUGCCAUAACGCUAUCAUUUUUCACUGUUUCCUUUCUUUGA